AUGGGUCGCGAGGAGCAGAUCGAAGAGCGCGAGGUGCUCGACUCUAUUUUCCCAGAUGAAAUCACAGAUGUAUCGGACACAUCCUACCGGAUAUCAAUCACGCUCGAGGCCCCAGACAACGACGAGCAAAGCGCCGAAGCCGAACCUCCCGUUCUCAUCCUCCAAGUCUCCUAUCCUGAAGACUACCCCGAUGUUGCGCCAGAGCUCGAGCUAUCCGCACCCCCCAACGCCCCCAAACACCCCCGCCUAGACAUCGCCGAAGACCGGGACCGACUCCUCGAAGCCCUGCAGCCGACCAUUGAAGAGAACAUGGGUAUGGCGAUGGUAUUCACUCUUGUCAGCGCGCUGAAAGAGAGCGCGGAGUUGCUUAUGGCCGAGCGCGUGAAUGCUGUUCAUGCGGUGCAGCAGGCGGAGGCUGCGAAGGCUGAGGAGGAGGAAAACAAGAAGUUUCAGGGGACGAUUGUGAACCGGGAGACAUUCUUGGAGUGGUUGGAUAAGUUUAAGAAGGAGAUGGAGGAGGAGGAGAGGAAGCUCAGGGAAGAGAAGGAGGCCGAGGAGAAGAAGGCUAAUAAGAAGGGUCCCGCGAAAGAGGAAAAGAAGCUUACGGGGAAGCAAUUGUGGGAGCGGGGGUUGGCUGGCAAAGCAGACUUUGAUGAGGAGGAUGAGGAUGGGAUGCCGGCUGCUGUGGAGAAGAUGAAGAUUGCAGCGUAG